AUGAGGGGGGGGGGGCCCCUUAGGGCUGGGGCCCCUGAGAGAAGGCGGGGGAGGGGCCCCUCGAAGGCUCAAAGGACAGCUGCUGCUGCUGAUGCUGGUGCUGCUGCUGCUACUGCUGCUCCGCAGCAGCAGACGCAACCGAGGGGACGCCGAGUGAGGGAUGCUGCUGCUGUUGCUGCUGCUGAUGGUGAAGAUGCAGCAGCAACAACUGCAGCCCCCAGCAGUACCGGCACUCGAAACGAGAGGCAGCAGCGGAGGCGCCGAGAAACAGCAGCAGCAGCAGCCGCUGCUGCUGCUGCUGCUGCUGCUGCACCUGAGCUGCAGACCACCCCUGUAGGCUCCCAUAGGUCCAGGGCAGGGCCCUCUCGGCAGCGUAGACAGCAAACAGCAACAGCAACAGCAGCAGCAGCAGCAGCAGCUGCUGCUGCUGCAGCAGGAGCGGGCCCAGAAGCAGACGGGACGUCGACGGGCACCACCACAGCUCCCACAUCAGCAGCAGCAGCAGCAGCUCCAGCAGCAGCAGCAGCAGGAGACAGCAGCAGCCAAGCUUCAGGGCGAAGGGGACACCUGACUGCCCCCCCGCGGAGAGAAAGGAGACUGCGGGGUGCUGAGGCCCUCCGCUGCAAAUUUAGCUGUUUUGCUGCUACAGAAGCAGAGCUUCAGGAGCUCUCCUGCGGGUGCUGUCUGGACGGGUUGCUUCCCAGCGAAGAGACAGAAGAGACAGUAGAAAUGUCACGCAGCGAGGUGUCUCCUCGGGGCCUCGCAGGGGGCCCCUCGGGGGCCCCUGCAGCAGCAAACGGGUGCCGGCAGCAGCAGCUGUCUAAAGAGACAGCAGCAGCAGCUGCUAAGGAAGCAGCAGCUGGCCCCACACCUCCUCCCCCUCUUGCUCGAAUCGAUGCAUGCAGCCAUUGCUUCCACCUGCGCUGCAUUCAGGUGUGGGCGCAGCGGGAGACAUCUUGCCCCUUAUGCAAAGCUGUCUUUUCAUACAUCGCCGCAUACCACGGCGCAACUCGCGAACUCCUAGACGUGCGGGAUCUGCCGUCUUCUUCUGAAUCUGUUGUCUCCAUCGAGACCGUCUCUUCAGGAGACACCUCCUCCACCAGCACAGACAGCCAGCAGCAGCAGCAGCAGCAGCAACAGCAGCAGCAGCAGCAGCGGCGGCAGCACGCAAGAAGCCUUAGAGGCCGACGACAACCUGCAAGCGCCACUGAGGCAGCUGGAGAUGAGGCAUCACAGGGUGUCGUAGGGCAAUUGGUGCGUCGCGUGCUGGAGUCGUGGGGGCGGACUGUCUCCUCCCUCCGUCGCAGCAGCCGCGCCUCCGGCGCCUCUGACUCAUCUUCUCCAGCAGCAACAGCAGCAGCAGCAGCAGCAGCAGCAGCAGGCAGUGGUAGGAAUCGGUUGGGGAGGCGCGGGCCCCCAGCAGUGCGGAGGCGGCACGCAGAAGCAGAAGAGGGGCCCCCAUCGAAUAGGCGCCGCCGAGAAGAACCAGCGACAUCGGAGGACGAACGGCCUUUGCCAGCUGCAGCAGAGGUGAGGCGACCACUGCUCAGCAGCAGCAGCAGCAGCAAGAGCAGCAGCAGCAGCAGCAGCAGCACAGGAGAUAGAGUCGCACGGCGCACUGCCGCUUUCUUUCAGCGCCAAGUGGAGGCGCUCUAUCAGGGCCCAGAGCAGCAGCAGCAGCAACAGCAGCAGCAGCCAGGUGCAGCAGCAACGCCCCAUGCUGCUGCUGCAGUGUCUGCAGAGAAGCCUGGGGGCGCAGGUGGUGGUUGCGCGAGCAGCCCUCCUUUGGCUGCAGCUUCCGCAGCAGCAACAACACCAGCAGCACCAGCAGCAGCAGCAUCAGCCACAGCAGCAGCAGCAGCAGCAGCAGCAACAGGUAGGAGAAGGGCUGGCGUAGUACCUGUGAUGGUGCCUCUGCGCACUGUCACAGGCAUUGGGGUGUAUAGGGAGCAGAGGGCCCCCAGGCAGCUGCCGCUGCAGCAGGGGCCCUCCUUCAACCUCUCACCGAGUUAUGCAGCAGAUUUCCUCGUCCGCACCAGCAGCAGCAGCAGCAGCGACGCGGCUGCACCAGCAACGCCGCCAGCCCCUCCUCCUGCAGCACCUGCUGCUUCGUAG